AUGAAGCGAGCCGUAUCACAGUAUCAACAUGGCCAACGACGCCUUAAUGAUAACGAUCGACCUCGUAUUCGAAGCCUCCAUCGUGCUCCCUUGGAAGAUUCUAUCACGGAUCGUGCUCAACCGUCUUUGCUUCACGAAAAAUAUAAAGGCCAUCGCAAAGGCAAAGUCAUCGGUCACGGAGCCACCGCAGUGAUUCGAUUAACCGAACUUCCUGCUCGGCCUGCAUUGUUAACAGCUGAUCUAACCACAGAACACCGCCCAAAAACAGUGAUCGCCGUCAAAGCAUUCCGCAAACGGGAUCAUGACGAGUCCGAGAGGCAAUACCGCAAGCGGUUGACCAACGAGUUCUGUAUCAGCAAAACCCUGCGUCACGAUCACGUUGUGGAAAUGUUUGAUCUCAUGAAAGAUAGUAAAGGACGGUGGUGUAUUGCUAUGGAAUAUUGUUCCGGAGGAGACGUUUUCUCAAUCCUGCAAAAAUUUGAUCUGAAUGAUGGGGAGAUUGAUUGCCUUUUCAAGCAAUUGCUGCUGGGUCUUCAUCAUAUGCAUCGAUGCGGCGUCGCUCAUCGUGAUAUUAAACCGGAGAACCUGGUGAUGACGGCAACCGGCGUUUUGAAAAUCACGGAUUUCGGAGUGGCUGAUGUGGUGCAAUCGUGCUUUGAUGACACUGAGCGAGAAUCGUACGGACGAUGCGGUUCGGAGCCUUACUGGUCACCCGAACUGUUUGCGGAAAAUCAAGGCUACGAUGGUCGAGCUUUGGAUAUAUGGAGUGCCGCUGUCACUUGGCAUUGCUUAUUGUACCGUCAGAUUCCAUUUGUGAAGGCCUCCAUGGAAGAUCCAAAAUAUGUCAAUUUUCUCGACGAACGACCGGCUCGCACAUGGCUGCCUCUCAGCAAAUGCACGGAUCAAGAAAAAGACUGCUUAUAUCAGAUGUUUGAACCCGAUCCUCAACUGCGCUGGACGAGCAGUCAAUGUCUUUACUCAGAGUAUGUAGAAAAUAUCCAAAUCUGCCGGCAUGGCCUUACACCGGACGGAGCAUCCCACAGACAUCAUAUUGCAGCAGUCUAG